UUCUUUGCAACCGGGGGAAACGUCAUCAUCAAGCGACAAACGUGUUUCUGCUCUCCUAACUAGCUAGCUACUUGUCGAACAGUUCUUCAAAGACAGUCGGUAACUGCAGUUUUUUGAGCAUCAAUGACGUCCUCCACUCGCAGGAUUGUAUUGUCACUGUACAUGCGUGUGUUUCGCAUCGCCCGAAGCUGGCAGGCACAGAGUGGAGUCGCAAGUGACACAGAGAGUGAGAGACAAUACAUACUUCAGGAGGCCUGCACUCUGUUCAGAAAGAACCAGCAGCUCACAGAUCCAGAAUCAAUACAAAAGUGUAUAGAAGAAUGUGAAGCAAGGAUAGAAAUAGGUCUACAUUACAGGAACCCAUAUCCAAGGGCUACGUACCUACCACCAAUGGGACUGGCAACUCAGAAAGGCAGGAAGAUGCGAGCGCAACAGCGCUGGAGAAAGCAGGCCAGGCCAAUAUACUUACAGUCACAUGACGAGACCUGAUGCUCGAUAACCUCGCCCCUCGCCAAGAGUUCAAGUUACCACAGGCAGGAAACUAGAGUGCAGUCACAAGCUGAUCUCAUGUGCUGAGUUGUUGCAAGCACUCAGUGAUGCAAGAACACCUGUCAAUUAGGAACAAGUCAUUUUCCAUUUUACGUUUUCUUACUGUAAACUGUAGCAGUUUAGCUCAGGAAGGCAGUCAGCAUGAAGUGACCUGUAAUAUAAGAUCAUGUUUUAUAUUUUAUUUAUUUUCAUGUGUAAAUACUGUUGUGAUAUCUACUUUACAUUGUUUCAAAACUGCUAAGACACAAAUAAAGUUGUAAUUAAAUCUUU